UAAAUUACCACAGAUAAAACUUUACGUAGCCAGUAGACGCUACGUGAGUCCAAGCUAAAACUUCACCUAGUCAGAAGGCAUCAAAUGAGCCCGAGCCAAAGCUUUACAAUGUCAGAAGGAUUCAGAUGAGUAUUCAUGGUACGAAUUAAAGAUGGCGAAGUGGGUUUCAUCGGAGACUGGAAUUUUGAGGAAAAACAGAAUUGAGGAAAACUUAGAUGAUCUUUUGGUAUUCGGGUACGCAUGUAAACUAUUCCGAGACGACGAGAAGGCGCUGUACAUUGAUCAGGGCAAGCAUCUUAUUCCCUGGAUGGGAGACGAUGCUCUCAAAAUUGAUAGAUAUGACUGUAGGGGGGCUUUGUCUGCUUUAAAACAGUAUGAAGCAAGCAGAGAAGGCUAUGACGCCACAAGGUGGCUCGGAUUGAACGAAUCUGAAAGGAAAUUGGAAGAAUUGUGUGAUCAAGAAAGAUAUUAUUCUCUUCAAAUAAAUGAAGAAGAAGAACAAAUGUAUAAAGAGGAAGAAGCCAAAAGGCAAAUGACAAAUGCUUUUCAAUAUAGCUAUGAAGUUGAAAAUAAAAAAACCGAGGAAAAAGGAGAAAAGGAUGGUAUACCAACAGUUCCGGAAUAUAAUGAAGAUGAAGAGCCAUAUGUACCUUUACCUACAUUAGAUGUGCCUGUGGAUAUUAAAAUUCCAAAAACUAUUAAGGAGUAUGCCAGGAUUGAAAAGACAGCACUCUUUGUUUGCCGACAGGGACCUCAGAUGGAGAUACUGAUCAAGGCGAAGCAAGCCGAUAAUCCUCAAUUCCGUUUUCUUACUCAAAACGACGACUUGUAUAAAUUUUACAGACAUCUCCUGGCCGCAUUCAAAAACGGAAGGUAUUUGGCCCAGUAUGAAACAAAAAAUGAUCGACUUAAAUCGGAUGUUCCAAAAGAAGACAGUGAGCAGCACUACUUACACCCCAGUUUGUUAUCAGCUAAUGCCAAACCGGAUUUGCAGUCGGAUACAGCAUCUGGCGGGACGCAUGCCACCUCUAUACCGACAGUACCGUACAAACCGUCUGCCAACUGCACUUACUCCCAGCUAGUAUCAAGGAUUCAGGGUGUGGGCGGUACCGGACAACCGGAACCUGCGCCCCACUCCAACGAGUACAACCUGCAGCUCACCUUAGAGCAGCAACAGUACUACCAGUACUACUAUCUACAACAGUAUUACGAGUAUUGGCGGUCCGUGACGCAACAGGGAGAAAAUGGCGGCCAUUACGCGGGUCUUCCGUUGGAAUUCCAUCAGCUGGAUCCGAAUAUGCAGAACUAUAUCCAUCAGAUGGCGUACAGUCAGUACGCGCAUCACUGCAGGCAACAGUUGCAAAAGGCGUCUGCGGGUAGUAACUCUUAUGCGCAGAUCGUUUCCAAUCUAAAUAAAGACGGUCUGAAUCAUUUCUCAAACUCCGUACCCCAUUUGCCUGCGGACACUAGUUCUCCGAAGCCUGACCAGCGACCGAUUGAAGAGAAGGUGGAACAAGUCAGCGAUGGCAAAGUGGACGGCGAUAACACGCAAGUGAAAGGUGAAAAAUCUUUGUUAUCAUUGGCUGCCGCUUACGGUUCGAGCUCAGAGAGCGACUCUGAACAUUCGGGUGAAGAUGAGACGACCGAGACCGAAGACAACUCCAAAUGCUACAAGUCCCCCGAAGGCGACGCGAAAAUCGUGAUAGAUAAAAUGGCCGAUUACGUGUCGAAGAACGGCGAACAAUUCGAGGACAUCAUCAGGGCCAAAUCCGAUCCGAGGUUCGAGUUUUUAAACGACGCGCACGAGUAUAACGCUUACUAUAGGGCGAAAGUUCGGGAGUCGAAGGGCGAGGAGUGCAGAAAAGAUGGCGGCGGGAAGAAGUGCGCCAAGAACAAGAGGACCAUAGCUCCCGUGUGUUUCUCGAUCAAAAAACCGAAAGACGAGCCGCCGAAGGAGAUCAAAAGCGCGCUGCCGGUGGAAGAGAGCGACGACGAAACGUUAGAGAAUGCCGAAAGUCUGCCGCCUGCGACCGUCAAAUCGCCCCCCAAGUCGGAGCCGCUCGUCCCAUCCCAACCGGUCGAAGAUGCGAGAGAAAUCCAAGAGAUGGCGCCACCGAAGGGUAGCGAGAAAGAAGUCGCGAGACUCAACUGCCUCGAUCCCGACGACCCAAUCCUGGAAGUCAUUAAUUUGGAUUCUUUGAAGGACGCCAAGAGGGCCGAGGAUAAGAUCAAAGAUAAGCUGGCGGCGGCGGCUCGCGAGAAAAUGGCGAGCGUUGCGAGAGAUAAAGCCCUGCAGCUCGAACGGAAACGGAAAGCGGCCGCGUUUUUGAGACUUAAAUCGGGAGAGCCUCCCUCUGUCGAGUCAGUUAAGAAAGAAUCCACCCCGAUAAAGAAAAAGGACAACUCAGACCCGAGUUCAGACGACUGCGAGAUCGUCGACGUAAGUUAUCCCGAAACGGUUAGGAAGCAAAGGAGUUCAUCGAAGGACAGAAGGAGGGAGAGGAAAAAGGAUAAGGAAAAACGCGGGAGCCCGCGGGAAGAUUACGAGAAAAAUAAGAAGGAGAAAAAGAAGAAGACGCACAAAAGGAAACGCUCGAAGAGUAGGCACGAGUCGCGUGGCAAGAAGAAGUCCAAGAAGCACCACCGCAGAAGGUCGAGCAGUUCGGGCAGUACGUCGGACUCAUGACACGUCAAGCACGAUCCUACGAGAAGGUGAUAUAUACAUAUUAUUAGGUAAUUUGUAAAAAUGUUUUGUAAAUAUUUUAAGACUACGUGUUUAACUAUUGAGUUAUCGUUCAGUUUAUCCCGCGCGUUAUUUCAUUAUCAAUUUAAUGUACUGGGUUAUUCAUUAUAUUUUGACACCCACCAACACGGUUCAUUUUGAAAGAUAGAAAAAAAAGUGUAAAUACAAAA